AUUAGUCGUCUCGCAUUCGAGGAACGGCAAACGUACGGAAUUCUAUGUAGUGUAGCGCGCAUGACUCAACAAUGAAAUUGAAAUCGGAAUCGAAAUCGUAAACGCAACCGCGCUCACCAGACCGAACUACGAGUGGCAACUUCACCUAACGAGCAUACCGCACCGGCAGAAACGAUCGAAUCACGGCAGUCAAACGUAACGUCACAGAAUCAAUCACGUUAAAUCAGUUUCAAAUGUCCAGUUAAUGACGGCAGUAUAUUUUGAAUAUUUCGAACGUUUUGAAUAUACAACGGGCACGCGUAUGUGUAUGAUUAGUGGCGCACAUCUCCACACUCAUUAAUUAAUUGCGGUGUACCGCCUGAAUGUCAGCACACGUCUUUCGUUUAAUUUAAUUUGCAAAGGAUAAAUACAGUUUGUGCGGUAGUUGGCGGAAACCGAAAUGACAAAAAUUCCAAAAAGUAGGUGCCUAAUAAAAAACAAAACACAAUAAAAGUGAAAAGGUGUGUGUGAUAACUAAAAUAAAUCAACCCGUGUUAUUCAUUAUUCCGUUUCACCUUCAUCGACUUGCUACCUAUUCCAAGCAUCCAAUGCCGCAUUCGCGGGAGUUUAAAUAUUUCAGUGUGUUCUUUAAUUGAGAUGUAUUUGGCAUUUACAUACAUACAUAUGUAUGUAUGUCGACGCAUGGACUAAUAACUUAAGAAGACCCGUUGCGAAAGUUUAAAAUUUUCAAAGUAAAAAGUGAAAAGCAAAAUCUUGGGAUGUGUUUCCUGUUCUGAGAUGCUCACUUCAGGGUGUUCGAAAAGUGUACAGUGCUGAGUGAAAAACGACACAAAUUAAAAAUAAUUAUAAUUGUCAUUGAUGUUUGAUAAGCCUGGAUGAGUGCAGCAGAGUUUUGGUUUUGCGAAGUAUCAGUUGGGCAAUUUACCACAAGUGCAACGCACCAAAUUUCCGAAUCGUAUUUGUGCUCAGUUGUGACCCGCGCCCAUCGUAGUCUCAGGAAUAUCAUUGUGGGUUCAUUGCCUCGACGGGAACUAGCGCCGUUAUUAAGCAUCCUUGACAGCAAACCUUGAAAUAUUCCAAAAGACGCACAUGGGCGUCUGCACCGAAGAGCGCCCUGUGAUGCAUUGGCAGCAGAGCGCAAGAUUUCUUGGGCCAGGUGCAAGAGAAAAAAGUCCAACUCCACCUGUAGCACAUCAAGGGAGCAGUCACUGCGGUAGUGCUGCAGGUGUAAAUAACAAUCGGCUACUUUAUCGGUCCUGCUCUUCCUGUCCAGACCUUUGCGAUCACAGUACAAAGCCUUACAGCUCUACGUUUAGUGAGCCGUUUAAAAGCUAUGAGACCGCAGACCGUGCAGUAUUCAGCGAAACUGCUUUAAAAUACGCCAUUAGUCGGGCUCGGCCCGACUGUUUGGAAGUGAAUGAGGAGACUACCUCGGGAAUAUCCUUUAAAACGGAGCCAUACGGCCCUCCAAGUAGCCCGGAGUCCGCAAAUGAAACACAAAAUCUGCCUCGAAAUCUAGAAGAUUGUGCGGGUUGCGGUCGAUUCAUUCAGGAUCGUUUCUACCUCUCUGCAGUUGACAAACGGUGGCAUAUUAAUUGCCUGCAAUGCUACGCAUGUCGGCAACCAUUAGAUCGAGAAUCAUCGUGUUACUCGCGAGACGGAAACAUUUACUGUAAGAAUGAUUAUUAUAGUUUCUUUGGGACAAGGCGAUGUUCAAAGUGUCGAGCAUCCAUAAGUGCGACAGAGCUGGUAAUGCGAGCCAGAAGCCUGGUGUUUCACGUUAACUGUUUCUGCUGUACAAUUUGCAACACGCCCCUUACCAAAGGCGAUCAAUAUGGAAUUAUAGACGCCCUAAUAUAUUGCAGAACACACUAUAGCAUCGCUCGCGAGGGUGAUUCAGCGUCAGCAAGGCUCGGAGGUCCAUUCCCGUAUUGCACGGACUUUGGUUCGCCACAACAUGAGUCGUCCAGUCCUCAUUCAGAUCCCACUCGCAUUGUUCCUAGUGGCAUAUUUGUGCCUACUUCACAUGUAAUCUCAGGACUAACGCAGGCGCCGCGCCAAAAAGGCAGACCUCGAAAAAGGAAGCCUAAGGACAUUGAAGCUCUCACUGCCAAUAUGGAUUUAAAUACAGAAUAUUUAGACUUCGGACGUGGGUCUCAAAUGACUGCUUCCCGGACGAAACGGAUGCGAACGUCCUUCAAGCACCACCAGUUGCGUACUAUGAAGUCUUACUUUAACAUAAACCACAAUCCGGAUGCCAAGGAUUUGAAACAACUUUCUCAAAAAACAGGGUUGCCAAAAAGAGUUUUGCAGGUAUGGUUUCAAAAUGCCAGAGCUAAAUGGCGGCGCAUGAUGAUGAAGCAAGACGGUUCCAAUAUUCUAGAAAAGGGCGAUGGAUCUCUUGAUUUAGACAGCAUUUCUGCGCAUAGUCCUACUUCGUUCAUGAUGGGCGGCUCUCCUCAGCAUACACUAGAGUAGCAGUCGUAUUCACUGCUGUUACCACACAGAGAACUUUGAGCUAAUCACGCUUAUGUUGUUGCUUUACCAAUAUCACAGCCGUAACUGUAACUGUAACCGUAGCUGUAGUCGAAAGCACCCGCUUUGCGCAAGCCCACGAGUCCAAUGCAAGAGAACUACCACGGCAGGGAAUAUACCGCCUAUACACGCAUUCAUUCGAACACACACACAUACAUAUGUACACCCACAACCGUAUGCAUAAGUUCACAGUCUACCUUUAUCCACAAAUUAUAUUAUAUAAACUUCCGCAAAUUGUAUUUAGUUGCACGCCAAAUGUAUUCAUGCAUUCGAAAACAACCAACAUACAUAGACUCAGCAUGCAUGUAUGUGUGUAUUCAUGCGCAUAUAUUAUGCGCUUAUGGGUACACUAAGCAGGUCAAUAGCCAAGAAACAUUAAGAACACCUUUCAACCGCAAAACUCUUAUGCGCAUGGGCUAAUAUUUUUGUAAAUGUAUUUAGAUAUAAUUAAUAUAGAAGACAUAAUUUAAACAGAGUACCGAAAUCUGAACUCGUUAUUUCUAGCACAUUUGGCACUUAAUGGAUAAUACAUACGAUUAUAUAUCGUAUGAAACAAUACUAACUUAAGUACCUUUAUAUACCAUUUGCAUGGAUUGAAAAAUUCAACUGUAGGGUUGCGAAAGAAAGGGUAUAAAUUAGAUUUGGUUCUUGCAAUAGUUUUGAACAGAAAAUUACGAUCCUCUGGAGGAAAAUAAUCAAAGGUCUUCGCACUUAUAUCUGAACUAUUAGGGUCAAUAUAUAGAAUACUUAGAUUCAUGCACUUAAUAUACGUAUAGACAAUUGCUGUGCGGGUACGGUAUAUCUAUAUCUCUAGUGUAAGUAAUCUAGGCGGGCGUGCUAUGUGAAUAUAAAACAUUGAAAUUUAAAUUGUUUAGGUAGCUCCAACUUCCGAAGCUCAUACAGAGCGAGAAAGCGAUCACUUGUUUGAGUUUCCUAUUUCAAAGCUCCUCGUAAAAAUAUCUGCCGUUCGGAGGCGGCAUAAAAGUGAAGGUCACUCCAUUUGUGGAACCACAUCAAGACGCACACCACAAAGGAGGGCCGCGGCCAAACACCCAACAAAGCAUGUACGCGCCAAGUAUACAUAUAUGUAAAUAUAUAUCACAUAUAUUUGUAUUUCACAACCGCAAAAAUCUUGUUUUCUAUUUCAGAAAAUACUUUAAAUUAAUCCCCCAUAGUUUAAAGGAUAUUCUCUUUGAGUUUAAUGCAGGCUUGUUUUGCUCUUCUUUCUCUUCACCUUCUGUAACAUGGAACUACUGAUUUAAAAUCAGAACUUCUUGACAGCAUACGCCUACAUAAUUAAAAUAUGAAGUGUCUCCACAAAUAACUUGAACUUUUUUAAGUAUUUUCAUGGAAUUGAAAGAUUGAGGUAUAGGUGCAGACAUGCGUAGUAUAUGUGCAUUAGGGUGGUGGCGAUUAAUUGCUUGGAUAAGAAUGAAAGCGUUCAGAUUAUCGGUGUCAGGCACUAAGAAUAUGGAAUAUUCUAAAAACUAAAAAUACAACGUUCUAGGCCAACCUAAAAGGGUUAACAGGUAGCUCGCUACGAUCCAAAUUCUGAAGGAAUAUGAUUUUUAGCCUUUUAUUAAUUUUAGGCUUAAAUAUAUCAUUUAUUGAGAAAACCACUUUAUGCCUCUCACUUAUAAAUAAUAUAAUAAUCAGACUGCUUGCAAUUUAAUGGUUUGAAAUAGACUUUAUUAUUCAGUAAAUUCUCCCUAAACAUCAAUCACUUGUUCCAGUGAAAUUCCUAUUUAUGAAUUCGAUUUCUCAAGUGAGGGCUGUGAAGGGCUGCAAAAUAUGCUGCCACAGCUGUUAUGACCUCAUCAUUUAAUGAAAAACCCUGAAUUUUUUUUUGUUUUUGUGCACACUGGGUUUUUUUGCACUUUUUUUUCCUUCAGCUGAUCUAAAAGAUUACAAUAAUAUUCAGAAUGUAUUAUUUUACCAGUUUACAACUCAUCCACAAACAAAAUGAACAAAAAAAACUGAUGUUAACACCUUCUUGACCGUUUUCUGGACACGAACUCGUUUCGGAGCCGAAGAACCAGGUUCGAUCCAUUCUUUAGCCUCUUUUUUUGAUUUAGGAUCGUCAUGGUAGACCCAAGUCUCAUCCAAACAGAUGAAACGACACACAAAAUCCACCCUAUCUUUCGAAAAACGCACUAAAAGUUGCUAAGAAAGUCGCAUUCGAAUGUUUUUUCGUUCCAUUGUUAGCGAAUGCCGCACCUAUUUCGCACAUAAUACUUUAGUCAAAAUAUUACUAACACUGCCCAAUAAAAUGCCUAUGGCUUUUACUAAAUCUAUUUCAGUCACUCGACAAUUUUCCAAUACGAUUUCCUGUAUUUUUUCUACGAUUUCUGGUGUCGUUACUGUUUUUGGAUGCCCUUGACGUAGACCGUCUUCAAGGCAUGUACGACUACGUUUAAAUGCAGCAACCCAUAUUUCUACUGUACUAGGUUAGGUUGAAGCGGUUCUCCUGUGGGACACACUCAGGCUCAUAGCCCAUUGUGAUGCCGCGUGGAGACCUUUCCCUAUUUCUCCUAAAAUCAGUGUGUGCUUUUCAAAAAUUUUAGAACAUCUCCUAUUUCUGCAGAACUUAGAUCUUCCAAUUCGUUAAAAAAUUGUCUGCCUAGAAUAGUAAAUCUCUGUCUGGAUAUAGCAGGACAAUGGCACAGAAGGUGCAAGAUUCUAUCUUCCUCAUCAAAACAACUUCAGUCAUGUGCUUGCACACCCAUCCUUUGGGCGUGCCUACCUAUUAAACAAUGCCCCGUUAUGACUGAAAUCAGUGUGCUAAGACUAUGUUUAUUUUGGCUUAGCAGAGAUUCUGUGCGUUUGGCAUUAAGAGUCGGCGACAGUUGACGGGCGAUUUUGAGGGUAACUUCAUUACGACAUCUUUCGUUUACUUUCCUUAUGAUUUCUUCAAGGAUGAGUAGCUUACAUGUUUGUAGGGGUAUACCUAUGUCAUCGUUUACUGUACUAAUUGAUGACGAAAAAUCCUACACUUUCAUUAUUCAUUCAUAAAUUUCCUUUGUUUUUAAACGUUCCAAAAAAACCGUGGCACGUCGACACUAAAUGGUUUGUAAACAACGAAUGAAUUGGCAGAUUAAACUUCACAUGCGUUCAUAUGAAGAGUGUACCAACAUAACAGAAAACAAUUUAGACUAGUAGCAACAACUUCUCUUAUCGAACCGCAGAACUUAUAGAACAACCUAGUAUAAUAUAUCAGAAUUGCCCUACGUGUCACGUUUUUCUUGCCGACUCUGUUUAAAAAUAUUUUUUCGAUCAAAAAGAAAUGAAAUCUGCACGCUUAAAUUAAAAAAUGGUAAAAAAUCAUAAUGUUUUAGAAUUUCUAUCGAUGUGAGUCACCUCUAAAUCCUUUUUUGAUUGGCCUAAAACGCUGUAUAUUUAAGUUUCUAUAUUUAAGUUAGAAUCUGAACUCUUUUCAACAUAAGGGGCACCCUAUUGUGCAUGCAUAUAUGUAAGGCUGUCUGUAAAAGAUUAGAAAUGAAGUUUAUUUCAUUCGCUUUGCAACAUUUGGCACUUCCUUGUGACUCCUGGUAGUCGAUUGACGAGUGCGCUGCUAAGGCACACAGAGCUUAAGAAAUUGAAAAGUAUGCUUCAUCUGUGUAGGUAUUAUCAUUGGAAACACGAAAGUUUAAAAGUUUUCCUUUCACGUUUAAAUAGAUACUCGUAUGUACAUACAUAUGCAAUAUUCUUUAUCGAACGUCUACGGCUUUGAAUACUUUUUGCUAGUCAAUAAGAAAUUGAUUUACGUGUGCAGUAAAUUUUUUUCGAAACUUUACAAAGUAAGGCCGCACAAAUGAAAUAUCAUAACUUUUUACUAAAUGGAACUAUUGUAUUUGAAUAGGUAUGUAUGUAUGUAUAUACAUGUGAUUUUUUCUUGUCAUUAUUAGCUGUCAUGUUUUAUUCUGGUCAUUUUUAUUAUGUAGUUCCUGCUUGUUUGGUACUUUCGCCUUAUAUGAGAUUCAAAAAAUAAAUUGAUGGCUUGAUGGAAUUUCAGUAAAAGAGCCAGUAACCCAUUUCCUCUAAAUUCGUAUGUAUGUAUGUAUAUAUGUAUGUAUUCUUAUUUAUAAAAUUCUUCAUUAUGUAUUUAUCAAAAGAUAUUAGUAUCUAGUGGGAAAUAAAGAGCGAUUUCGAUUAGCAUGUAUUCUUUGUAAAUAUGUAUGUAUAUGUUAUGCCACACAUAAUAUAUUAUGUUUAUUUAUAAUUAUAUAGUUGAUAGUGAAUAAAUAAUUGCUUAAGAUACAUUUUUACAAAGCUAUUGAUAUUUUUGUUUAUAUCAAAAUUAUUCUUAUACACAAUAUCGAAUUCCUGAAAGCGUUUAUGAAAAAUAGAAAAUAAAAAAAAACGUUAUGAGUCCUAAAUGAAACUUAAUGGCAGGGUUGAUGGAAAAGAAAUACUAUUCAAAAUCUAGUGUGUGUUACUUUGUACAGGCUUUCAAGAGUAGAAUCGACCACAGCUGAGAUCGCCUGAUUUCACCGCUCACCGUUUGAUCAGUGUUGGCGUUCUAUGUACAUCCAAAAAACCUAACAUUCGAGGUAUGCAUUAUAAAGGGUCUUUCAAAAGACACACAUCGACGUUGCUUUAAAGUAAAACAUGUAAACAUUUAGAUUAUUUCAGGUUCCUCGAAGUUUUAUUGAAAACAAUUAACAUAACUUAACAAUUAUGUAAAGGGGGAGCAAUUUAGACCUAUCGGAUUUUAAAUUGAAAUAAACCAACGAAAAUUCAAAUUGAUUGGGCACUUUUUAUUAUUUUUGUGUAAAACCAUUCGUGACAUUUAUUUUUUAGAGAUACUCCCUUUCAAAUAUUGGCCGCAACUGCGCCUUAAUUCAGCCUUCUGUAAACACCAAAUUUGAAUAACUCGCUAGAGGACUUUAGUAAUGUGGACUUCAAAUGCCUCAAUCAAAGCAGGUUUAUCCACAAAGCAUUUAGACUUUAAAAAGUCCGAAGGUGUGAUAUCACACAAUCAGGCUACCAAGAUCCACUGGUUCGAGACGAAAGAUAAACUGCUCACCGAAACGACGACGCAGUAAAUCUAUCGGAAACAGUACCUCCAAUCUGAUCACCCUUUAUAUGUGAAAAAUUACAUCUUUUAAAUAGCCACAAUGAGCACGUCCACAUGUAAAAUCCGCCAAACCAUCACCCUCGAUUCAUGAAGCCCUAAUUGUUGAGAACGUCGAUGUUGAAGGUUGUUCGGCAACUCUUUUGGCUACAGCAGCUAUAUUUUCCACAGAACGUCCAGUUUUUGGUUGUUGUUGUUGCUGCCAAAGUGACAGUCCUUAUGUAUAUAAUUGGCGCUUACACCUUGUUUGGGUGUUUGUCCGAGCUUCUCCUCCCAUUUGUAGUAUGCGUCUUAUUGUUGUUCCACAAAUGAGGGGGCCUACAGUUUUAAGCCGACUCCGAAUGGCAGAUAUUUUUAUGAGGAGCCCUUUCAUGGCAGAAAUACACUCGAAGGUUUGGUAUUACCUGUCGAGGGGCAACAAAAACUUUUUCUUUAUUUUGGAGUUUCACGGAGAUUCGAACCUACGUUCUCUCCGAAAUCCGAAUGGUAGUCCCACACCAACCAUUCGGCUACAACGGCCGGCUGGCAUUUCCUAGGAGAAUAUAAAUUCGGGUCGUUCCAAUUACGUACAACUGACUGUCGUCGGAUGGAUAGUUUUUGGUAUUUUUCUAUUCCCAACAUGAACCACUUUCUAGAAAUUUUAUCACCAACCUUUGAAUUGUCGUUAGGUAAAUGUCAAAGGUGUCAUAAAAAAAUAAGCUACCGUCUCGGAGUUAUUCACUACUGACAUCUAGGUGUCACUUUUGAAAUUCCCUUUAUAAAAUGCUUACCUCUCCCAAGAGUGAAUUUAAGAGUUGAAAAAGAAUUUGACGUACACUUUAAAACGGCUAAGGAAAACUAAAAAUCCUUGCCUGGUACUUUAGCAUAUUUCUUUGGCGGAACCUUCUUAUUUCCUCCUUCUUGAGUCCUCCAGCCCUUUCUUCUACCAAGUAAAGAGGUGUCAUAAAUUUUUUUGGCGUUUUAAAGCACGCCAGCAAGGAAAAUUAAUUUAUCGAGCAAUAAUGGUCAGGGCAAUGCAAAAUAAAUACGACCAACUAUACAAUUCGUUUAUAAAAGAAAAAUCUUUGUCGCUAAAUUUACAUUUUAGCUAUCGAACUAAUUGAUUUCACAGUAAAGAAAAAAAUUAUAUUUUUCAUAGUAUUUCCAAAUAAAAUAUAGUGAAUUAUGACAAAUAUGAACCCCUUGAAAGCAUUCAGUUCAGAACAAAAUAAUUUUUUUGAGGACUUCACCAUUUAUUCUUCAUUUCUGCAAAAGUGGUUCCUAGUAUUAAAAUCUAAUAAAGGUGCUAAUCAAGCAGAGAAUUACAGGCAGAUAAACCUCCUAAGCAACCUAUCAAAAAUACUGAAAAGCUGUUAAAAGAAAAGAUAUGGACACAUACGAGGGUUGCUACCUAAGUUUUAAAAUA